AACCUGCGCUGAACCUGCGGUCCAUAUAGGUCCAGAACAGAACCAGAACCAGAACCAGAACAGAACCAGAACAGAACCAGGGGGAACUUUGACGUCCAGGGGAAUCUGUCGGGGAUCCCGUCCUUAUUUGGUUCUUAUUGACCCGCCCUAAAGACCCGGGGAGUUCUAGGGACUUCCCUCUUUCUGUCUCCUCCUCCUCUUUCUCCUGAGACUCUGGUUCAUUUCUCUCUCAGUCCUCGGAGGUUCUGGUUCUGGUUUGGCUCAUUUAUCGGACUAUUUCUCAGUGGAAGGAUGCACGCAGGGGUUUUAAUUCUGGUUCUGGUUCUGGGCUCCUGGACCGGGACGAUUCUCUCAGUGUCCGGGUCGGAGUUGGUCACCGCCUGGUACGACGAGACCAUCACGGUUCCGUGUCUCGGAGUGGCUGCCGGAACCCAGAACGUCAUCUUAAUCAAGUGGAAAUAUGAGAAGGACAACGGUUCUCCUGCCGACCUGCUGGUCAAAAAGAUCCGGAGCAAGCACCCGACUGUCCAGGCCACGGACGGCUACGCCGCGCGGGUCGGCCUGGAUGCUAGCUACAGCCUGCUAAUCUCCAAGGCGACGCUCCGGGACCAGAAGACGUUCACCUGCAUGUUGGUGUCGUCCGAGAACAUCAAGGAGUUCCCGGUCCGGGUCCUAGUGCACAAGAAACCGUCCGUUCAGGUUCUGGACCAGGCUGACUUUCUGCUGAAGGACAAGCUGACAACGGUUGGAACCUGCGUAGCGUCCGACUCCAACCCUCCCGCUAACGUCACAUGGUGGAAGGACGGGAGGCUGCUGGAGCAUGAUGGGAAAGGCGUCUCCGUCACCCCCAGCCUGAAGCUGAGUCCGUCCACCGGUCUGUCCACCACCUCCUCCGUCCUCCGGUUCUCGUCCUCCCGGGCCGACGCCGGCGCCGUCUUCAGCUGCGUCUCCGAGUUCCUGGAAACCCGGGAGGAAGUGAGGCUGGACCCACUUCCUGUCCACUAUCCGUCGGAGAACGUCACCCUGCAGGUUCUGACCCGCACCCCCAUCGUGGAGGGCAUCAACGUCACCCUGAGGUGUCACGGAGACGGAAACCCCCCCCCCACCUCCUUCCUGUUCACCUUCCAGGGCCGGAAGACUGUGGUGGAGAACCAGGACUCCCUCACGCUGCCGUCCGUCCGCCGGGACGACGCCGGCCAGUACGACUGCUCUCUGCCGGGGGACGAGGGACUGCAGGACUCCCGGACUGUCCACGUCAACUACCUGGACCUGGACCUGGACCUGGACCUGGACCUGGACCUGGACCAGGACCAGGACCAGGACCAGAACCAGGACCGGGACCAGGACCUGGACCGGGACCUCAGUCCCUCCGGGUCGGUCCUGAAGCUGCUGGGCCAGAACCUGACGUUGAGGGUCCAGAAGAACAGCUCAGAGGAGACUGCAGUCCGGUGGACUAAGGACGGGGAUCCGCUGCAGCAGCUUGAGCUAACAAACCUGAGCUACGACGACGCAGGACUCUACGAGGUUGAGGGGUCGGUUCCCGGCGUCCGACGCCAGAGGAGCUUCCAGCUGCUGGUGGAAGGACCUCCCGUGAUCUCCCGUCUGACCCAAGACCAGGAUCCGGACCAGCCGACCCUGAAGACCGUGACCUGUGAGGCCGAGGGCGACCCAGAACCCCGGUUCACGUGGAGCCUCAACGCCACGGCGGUGAGAACGUCGUACCUGGACAGGACGGCGGUCCAGACCAUCCAGGUCGUCGUCUCCUCCAACAUCACCGUCAGCUGUUCGGUCAGGAACCUGCACGGAGGAGACAAGAGGAGCAUCGGCAUCUCUGGACCGCCAGCCGGUUCCCAGAACCAGGCCGGGAUCAUCGGGGGUGUGGUGGCCGUUCUGAUCUUCAUCGUUCUGGUUCUCGUCGGCUGGUUGUGCAUGAGGAAGUUCAGACAAGGAAGUUACAGGCCGACCAACCCGGAAAACGGGACUGUGGAGGAAAUGGAGAGACUGGAGGAGACGGAGAACGGAGAGAUGGAGAGACGAGAGAACGGAGAGGUGAAGAACAACGGAGAGGUGGAGAACGGAGAAGUGAACAGAGAAGUGGAGAAGGCAGAGGUGGAGAACAACGGAGAGAUGAACGGAGGAGUGAACGGUCGGACCUGAAGGAGCUGCUGCCAGAGGUUUCUGGAUUUCCAGCUCUACAAUGAAGAUGGAGCUGCAUCACCGUCCUGCUGUGUGUGUGUGUGUGUGUGUGUGUGUGUGUGUGUGUGUGUGUGUGUGUGUGUGUGUGUGUGUGUGUGUGUGUGUGUGUGUGUGUGUGUGUGUGUGUGUGUGUGUGUGUGUGUGUGUGUGUAACUGCUCCAUUAACUCUAGUUUGUACAUUUCUGUGAGGACGAGUGUUCAGAUCUCGGUAGUUUAGUGUUUUUAAUAAGUUUGACAGAAGAAUGUCUUUUUAAAGAUUGUUAAACUAACGAUUGUGAAGUAAUAAUUAUUGCACACGUUGACGAGACGCUGCUUAACGUUGUUGCUGCUGCUGAUCACCCUCAGUGCCUUUCAGUUUCUCCAGUUUCUCUGAGGCUGAAAACCAAACCUCUGUGAAUGCUAACGUGCUAACGUGCUAACAUGCUAACGUGCUAACAGUGAACCAGGUGUCGGAGAUGAAGCGCAACACUACAAAAACUCAAAAUCUUACCAGGAAUAUUUGUCUUAUUUCUAGUUGAAAUGUCUAAUUUUUAGUCAAAAAAUCUCAUUGCACUUAAAACAAGAGUCAUUACCAGAAAAAUAACUUAUUUGAC